AUGGAGUUUUCACCAACAUGGUUAAGGAUUUCACAGAGGAUGAUGUGUGCUAUUGCUUUCAUUGCCUGUUUUUCACCAGUUACGGUGAAUGCUAAGAUAAAGUUCCAGGCAUUGCACAUCAAUAUAUCAAACCCUAAAGAAUUAAAAGUGAAGUGGUCCGACUUCCCCAAUGAUUUUGCAUUUGGAGUCAGCACUGCUGCUGCACAGAUUGAAGGAUCAACAAAUAAAGCAGGACGAGGACCAAGUGUUUGGGACGAGUUUGUUAAGACAUUCCCAGAACGCAUUGCAGACCAUUCUACCAUGUCUACCGCAAUCGACUCAUACAAGCGAUACAAGGAAGAUGUGAAGGCAGUGAAAGCCCUUGGAGUUGAUUCUUAUAGAUUUUCCAUCUCUUGGACCAGGAUUCUCCCCAAGGGAACCUUGAGUGGAGGAAUAAACCAAGAGGGUAUUGAUCACUACAACAACUUGAUUGAUGAACUAAUCAAGAAUGGCAUCACACCCUAUGUAACCAUAUUACAUUUUGAUCCACCACAAGCCUUGACAGUCAAGUAUGGAGGCUUUCUCGAUCGCUCCUUUGUGGAUGACUUUAAGGAUUACAGUGAACUUUGCUUUAAGAUCUAUGGAGAUAGAGUCAAAAAUUGGAUUACAAUCAACGAGCCUUUUAUUAUAGCCAAAAUGGGCUAUGAUCUUGGGGUUGCUCCACCAGGCAGGUGUUCCAUACCAGGUGGUCAUUUCCAUUAUUGCACAGCUGGAAAUUCAUCUACUGAACCUUACAUUGUGGUUCAUAACCUUCUCCUUGCCCAUGCCACUGUUGUUAAGCUCUAUAGAGAAAAGUUUCAGACAAAACAAGGUGGACAAAUUGGAUGGAGUCUUGUAGGUUCCUAUGUUGAGCCUUAUUCAAAUUCAUCUGAGGACAAAGCUGCAGCAAAAAGAAUUUUGGACUUUGAACUUGGAUGGUUCAUGGAACCAAUAGUAUAUGGACAUUAUCCAAAGAGUAUGAGGCGCUUGGUCAGGAAAAGGCUACCCCGUUUCACCAAAGAAGAGAAGAAAUUGAUUAAAGGAUCCUUUGAUUUCAUUGGCAUCAACUAUUAUACCUCGAGAUAUGGUAGAAACAUUCCAGCACGUCUAGAUAUGCCAAACUUCUAUCGCUAUGAUCCUCUAGCUGAUGGUAGCAUGUUCAUCUUGUCUUAUCCACAAGGUCUCAAGAAACUUUUGAAGUUCAUGAAGCGAAAAUACCAGAGCCCUAAGAUCUACAUUUCCGAAAAUGGAAUUACAGAGGCAAAGGACGAUAAGCGUGGACUUGAUGUAGCACUGAAGGAUCCACAUAGAAUUGAAUGUAUUCUUCGGCAUUUGUACAUGAUCAAGCAGGCCAUAAAGAAGGGUGUGAACGUCAAAGGAUAUUUCCACUGGGCUUUAUUUGACGAUUUUGAGUGGGGGGAAGGCUAUAUCCCAAGGUACGGGCUUUAUUAUGUCGACUACAAUGACAAUCUCAAGCGCAUUCCUAAGGAAUCUGCAAAGUGGCUCCCUAAAUUCCUAAAAGGCGAAGAUGCGAUACAUGUCAAAGCUUAGCCAUAAGCUGUAGAUAGUACGUCAAGCACAAGUUCCCUGCAUAGGUUGAGGAAAUUGCUGUUAUGGGAGAAAAAAUUGUUAAACAGAGUAGUGCAAU